UGAACAUAAAAAUCAUUCGGUAAAAUUAUAGUACUGCAUAGUUGAAAUGGCGUCGACCUUUACCGCAGAGCCGUCAUCGGCGAUGAAAGAAUCUCCAAAUUGGCUGGAAAUGCCUGACGAAGUGAUGGUAAAUAUAUUCCAAAGAUUGCCUACCAUAGAAAUACUCAACAGCGCAAGGAAAGUAUGUACAGCUUGGCUGAAAAUUUGCAAGUAUCCGGCGAUGUGGAAAGUCAUUAAUAUGGUCAAACGGCAUGCUAAAGAUUGGGGCCUGGGAAAGGCGCUGACUAUGGAACUAGUCGAUCUCAGCUGUGGGGAACUGAUCGAUAUCAGCAUCGACUGGUUUGGCUCCGACGAACUCCUUGAUCACAUUGUGCAACGCUCAAGAAACCUGAAACGUCUUUGUCUUGUGAAUUGCUUCGGUAUCACGGGUGGUGCAUUGAGUCUUGCAGUCGAGAGGUUACCACAAUUGGAGGAACUUCACCUUCUUAACACACGUAUCAAUGCACAAGCCGUUGAAGUAAUUGGACGUAAUUGCCCUCAGCUCAAAUACUUCAAGAUGAGUAAAGUGUUCAGUGAGAGCUUUGACGAUCAUGCCCUUGCCAUUGCAGAUAACAUGCCUGAGUUACGUAAUUUGGACGUAUCUGACACUGAGCUGAAAAAUGAUGGACUUGAGGCCAUUGUUAAUGGAUGCCCUCACCUCGAGUCCCUAGAUGUUCGGAUGUGUUAUAACCUUGAUCUUGGUGGGUCUUUAGGAAAGUUAUGCCAGGAAAGGAUCAAAGAUUUUAAGCACAGCCCUACACAAAACCGCCCAUUCUAUCAUCAUAUUUCUUAUUUGGAAGAUGACAUGUAUGAUGACUUUUCAGAAAAUGACUUCUUUGAAGACUGAAGACUUGUAUGCGUUUUACUUUACUUUUGCUUCUGGCUUUGUGUCCGUAUGUUGGUAUCAUUUUGUUUAAUGUGGGUAUGCUUUUGGUACAUGUAACACUAGCUAGCUAGAUUUUAAGACCCGAAUUGACAAAUCUUGAAUGAUUUACAACUUUAUUUGC